AUGACGACUCUGCCAUCUUGGACAUUGACUCCGAUGGUAACGAGACGGCCGCCUUGGUCCAUGCCUCUUGAUAGAGAAGAAGACGACCACGAACGCGGACGCCAGUAUGUAAGCACGGGGCAAGCAGAGGAUAUUCUUGGUCACCACACAGUGGAGGCAUUUGAGGACUUUCCUAUAGAAGCUAAAGGGACGCCUACUCAUUUUCAUGAAACAUUGACUGGAAUUACCAUCAUCAAACUUCUAUCAGGCUCACGGCUGUCUCUCGGAAAUCUUUCUCGCUUUCGAUGGCUUGCCGUUGGCAUCUUGGUAGAUCGAGGCGACCGUCCUUCAGCGUAUGAUAGGAUCGAAGGCACGAACAAGGCCGGGCUGAUCGACCUCUGUCUGACAUUGUUGCAUCUCACCCAAAAUCUGAGGAAGCAGAACCGACAUGGCCUAGUAUUUGCUUAUCGAGACAUUUGUGGUCCAUCCAUUCUCAUGUUAGGACGACGGGCCUCGAGAAACAGGUAA